GUGCGCGCGCGCUGGGGGGGGUUUGGAAAGAGCCCCCAGUGGAGGUCUCUCCGUGGCCCCCCACACUGUGGGGAGCAUGGCCUUGGCGGUCCCUCAGUCCUGUGCUUUCUGCUCUGGGAUCCCCCUGACCUUUGAAGAUGCCUCUCACCCCUCGCUUCUGUAGCCAGACACCUUCAAAAGGAAGGUGCUUUUCUAGAAGCUGAGGGAAAAGCCUGGAAGGAGCGGAGCCCAGGGACGCUGCAGGAGGAGCCUCAGGGGCUGCCAGGGCCCAGCACUCUGCCUGCUCCCCUCCCAUCGCGGUUUGUAGCCCCUCUCCCGGGUAACCUGUCGGCUGGCAGGCACUGAAUAGUGACCCGCUGGCUGCCGCCGACCAUACCAUUCAAACUUCCAACAGGGGAAGGUGAGCGCCAUGGGAAGGCAGAGGCAGUCAAACCCUCCCCCUGCGUCUCCCCAGUCCCCCACCCCUGAGAGGGCUCCGAGGAGACAGGCUGGAGCGAGGAGGUGGGAAGGCUGGGGGGCAUCCCUGCACCUCUGGACAGCUCCCCUCUGCCUCUUCCCAACCCAGCUGCCGUCCCCACUCCCUUAGCUAUCCCCUCCCUCCCCCAAGACAGGGCCCCAACUCUUCCAGACAAAGCCAGGUCCAGCUGGGGAGUGACGGGGAGGCCACUCUGCCCGUGGGCUGCAGGGCACAGCAGAGCCCGGGCAGGGCUGGGGUCACAGGCUCUUCGGGACUCCCUUGCACAGCAGAGAAGACCUCUCCACGGAGCUCCGGAUGGCUGGGGGCUGGCUCUGAGGUGAGUCUCCCCCGCACCCGCUGCCCUGGGUCUGGCUGAUCUGCCUUUCAGCUUCUGUCCUGUUGCUGUUUCAGGAACCAUGAGCACAGAGGGCCCCAGCCUCACCAGCUCCCCAGCCAUCAGCCCCCUCGCCUUUCUCUCAGCUCCUGUCACUCCCGGGACCCUUGCAGAGGCAAUCGGCCCCCUCCCCAUGCUCAUCGCCCUGGCCUGCAUCUUCCUCCUGCUGGCCACCUGUCUGCUGUUCAUGACACUCUGUAAGCCGGUAGCGCUGGACCCGAGCCGCCGCAGGGCUCGUGAGUGCAUGCCCCACCACCCUGGGAGCCCCAGUGAGCCCCAGCUCCGGCUCUGGAAGCGCCUGGGCUCGCUGCGCCUCUCCCUGAACAGCUUCCGUCAUGGCCGGCCCACCACCCCUCGACAGCACCUGCCAGGCCCUGGUGACAGCCAUGGCGACUGCGACCGCACGGAAUCGACCAAGAUGUGACGGGGUGUCCAUACACAUGCCCCCUAGGUCCUGCAGAUCCUCCUGCCUCAGACAGAGACCAGUGCUGCAGGCUGCAAGAAGACAGUGGCCCAAGCAGCCUGGGCCACCUCCCCUCCAGAAGCUCCCUGCAUGCCCAGGCCAGUGCCCUUUCCCAGAGAUGGUCCUCGGAAGAGCACUUUCCUCUCUGCAGACUCCCUAGCUGCUGCUUGCUGAAGAUUUCCUGUCAAGAGAUGAGCACUUGUGGCCAUCUGGGCCUUUGGCUUGAGGCUCCACAGCGGACAACCUAGGGCUCAUAACCACCUCCUAGAAGCAGCACCCUCGCUCCCCACAGAAGCCUUGCUCUCCAGGUACCAAAGCCCAGCUUGCGGAAGUUGCCGAAUGGCAAAGGUUCCCUUUGGCAGAGUGAAAUGCUCAGCCUCCACCAGAGCCAAGGUACUGCCCUGCUAUCUGUGCUGGCCCAGUGCUGGGGCAACACGCCAAGGCUCCCUUUCUUGGGUUUCCUGGGCACUGCCUCCCUCCUGGGAUCCGAUGCCUUGGCCCUGGCUGGGAAGAGGGGCAAACGGGUGUUCUCCAAGCACAGUCUUGGCAGCCGUCUUGGUGGCCCCUCUUCCGGGCACUCACCCAGUCCAGUUGGGAUCAAUCAGGAAAGGACUGAGGAUGGGUGAGGAGGCUCCCUUCAGAGGCCAGGGCAGGUGCUGUGACAGAGCAUCAAGAGGAAGGACACUGCCAGCAGCUGGAGGUGACGCCACCGGGGCUCGGAGGAGGACAGCUCACAGCGGCUCCACAACUCACCCAGGGAAAGAGGCAGCUUCCCCGAGGGUGGGAUGGUCCAGACCUUUCCAGGACAGCUGUGGGGCCCCAGGCCCGGCCCACACUUAGGGAUGCUAUCUGUGUUUUUGGAGAGUGCUUUGCUGACUACCUGUCAAAGCAGUCCCACCCCAGGAUGGCUUCUCAGAAUCCCAAGCCCUUGCUUCACCUCUCCCCACAAGGCCAAGGUGAAACACUUUGGUCAGGUCCCAAAUUUGAAGGGUGGGCAGAGGGAGGACUUGGGCCGCCACGCUCCUGCUGCAGUCAGCCGACAAGGAUCCCGCCACAAAACUGCCCCUGGCUCUCUCCUCAACUCCUUUCCGGGAAAGGAGUGCAGUCAGCCAAGUCUUCCCAGGGAGUGAGCUGUGUGGCUUGCCACUCUGCAGCUCUAAAACCUUCACUGGCUCCCUAAUGUCAAAUGGAUACAGCCAAAGCUCCCCAGUCCAGGGCGCAGUGCCCUCUGUGAUCAGGCUUCAACAAAUCUUUCUAGCAUCAUCUUGAUCCAAAACUCCAGGCACACUGAACGACCUGUCACCCCAACUGUGGCUUAUGCUUCACACACACCCACUCUGUGAAGCCCUCCUGCCUGGACCCACCCCCACUCUCUCCCACCUCUCUUGGGGAGGACAAGGAACAUUCUCUUGGCAGCAUGAGUCCUUCUUGUCUACGUCUUCUCUUUCCUACCAGCCUGGGAGCUUGCAGAGGGCCAGCCCUCGUCCAACCCCUCACUUUGACUCCCCAGUUUUGUGCACAGAAGUAUGAGGCCUCUGUGUACAGAGGGAAGAGUGGCCCAGCCGGGGGGUGUCCCCGCCCUCUCAGGCAGGAGUCUGGUGGGAGCUGGCACAACACAGAGCCCCAUCUUCCCUGAGAUGCCCCUAGAUAGAUUUCUCUCCAAGCAGACCCUGUUGGAAAAGGCUACUUCCUUCUAAGCCAAUCUGAUCCCAAAAAGUGAGUCCGGCUUUACAAGAAACUUAGAGGACCUCGGAGAAGUCAUCCUGAGACUGCAUUUCUCCCUGAGAAAUGGGGAGAAAUCAGUGCUGCCCUAUAUUAACUCACGAGCUCGAGGAUUUCAGUAUGAGUGGUAUUGUGUAAAUAGAAACCGAUCCCUUGGGUUUAGAAAGUGGGGCAGGCUUCCUCCCUCAGGGUUUUGUCCCUUCCUCCCUUCUGGCUCAGUAAUCUCUUCCUGGUUUGCUUCCCCUGGGGCCUCCCUGCGUAUCCCAGGCUGGAUUCAGCCUGUAGCCAUCCAUCCCACCAGCAGGCCCUGCUUGCCACUAGCAUUCUCUUCCUGGAGGUUGGGGUAGGGGAUGAGGCUGCCUAGAGGCCUGAAGAAGGAAAAGCCCAGGAGUGGGAGGGGCUCUCAAUUGGGUUUCAGGUGCCAGGCCAGGGGGUAUGCUCCAAGUCCUCACCAGCUGAGGCCCUGAUAGA